AAAUAUAAGUCUCCAAUGACAUGGAAAGCUAACCCAAGAAUGAUCAAGUGCACGACUGGCAUUGUCAAUUGUGGACGGACAGAGUGCAAUAUGUCUACGAAGUUGCAUUAUUUUCAUGUGAACGGGCUAGGUGAGCCCAUCAGGUACAUUUUGCACUAUGCCGGUGAGAAAUUCGAAGACGUCAGAUACGACCCUAAGAGCUGGCCCAUUAAAAAUGUUAAGGAUACUCUUCCAUUCGGCCAGCUGCCUCUCUAUGAAGAAGGCAACCGCACUCUGAACCAGUCCCUUGCAAUCGCACGUUACUUGGCCUCCAAGACCAAUUUGCUGCCUUCUGACCCUUGGGAACAGGCUCUCUUGGACGCUGUUGUCUUCAACAUUUACGACUUCUGGAGCAAGGUCACAGUUUACAUCAAAGAGCAAGACCCAGUUAAGAAGCAGGCCAUUAGGAAGGAAAUCCUUGAUGAAUCUGUUGAGUUCUUCCUGUCCAGAUUCGAGAGGGAACUGAAGAAGAAUAAUGGCUACUUUGGUAGAAAGCUGACCUGGGCCGACUUUGUCUUUGUUGGCAUCAUUGAAGCCGCAAACCUUUUCCUUGACACUGAAAUCGAGAAGAAGUACCCCACUAUCCAGACCCUUGUUCAAAAGAUCAGAAAUCUUCCUGGAGUAAAAGAAUACAUUGCUACAAGGAAACCUUACUCUGUAAUGAUCAUUUAUUCAACCGCCAUUGUGGAUAGCGAACUAGUUUCAGAUUGUAAAAUGUCUAAGAAGUUAUAUUACUUUAACAGAAAUGGACUUGCAGAGUUUACUAGAUACAUUUUGCACUACUCCGGAGAGAAGUUUGAAGACAUCCGAUAUGACAGAAAGAAAUGGCCUAUCAAAGAUGUAAAAGACAAACUUCCCUACGGCCAGGUGCCUAUCUACCAAGAAGGCGAUCGCACUCUAAACCAGUCGAUAGCGAUCGCCCGUUACGUCGCUAGUAAAACUGGUCUCCUGCCAUCUGAUCCUUGGGACCAGGCUGUCCUGGACGCUAUUGUCUUCACCCUUUACGAUUUCUGGAGUACCAAAGUCCUAGCCUUCAUCAAGGAGCAAGACCCGAUGAAGAAACAUGCCAUUAAGAAGGAAAUCGAGGACGAAGCUGUUGAUUUUUACUUCUCCAGAUUCGAGAAGGAGCUAAAGAAAAAUAACGGACACUUUGCUGGAAGGCUCACAUGGGCCGACUUUGUCCUUGUUGGCAUGGUCGAAGCAGCAAAUUUUUACCUCAGUAUUGAAGUCGAAAAGAACUAUCCCACUAUCCAGAACCUCGUUCAGAAGAUAACAAACCUUCCUGGCGUAAAGGAAUAUAUUGCUACUAGAGAACCUUACUCGUUGUAAAUUGGGUCUACAUUU